GAAACAGAUGCCUCUAGAAAAUGUAUGGAUGAAAACAACUAUGACAAGAGUAUGUGUACUGAUUAUUUUUUGAAGUACAAAAACUGCAGAAAAUUCUGG